GAAAAUCACCUACUGUAAGGGAUUGUUUCAUCGGAUUUUCCCCAAUCAAUUUUUGUCAAAAUUUGUUAUUGAAACGGACAGAACUCUAUAACCGGUUUGUUAUUCUUAUUGGAGAAUCUUUUCUGCCAUUUUACAAUAUAAACUCGUAUACGCGUACGAUGGCACGUCUGUAUGAUCCCCGAGCCGUUCAGUUUUCGCCAGAGGGCCGCCUCUACCAAGUGGAAUAUGCCAUGGAGGCCGUCUGCGCUUCCAACCUGUGCCUGGGCUUAGUUGCCGCUGAUGGCGUUUUGCUAGCCGCGGAACGCUGCAACAGUCGACUCGUCGGCGGGCCAUCGGGAAAGAUGUUUCGCUUGGCUAGCAACGUGGCUUGCACCUGGGCCGGAGUCUCAGCCGAUGCCACGAAACUGAUUGAUGAGAUGCGAAUUUCAGCCCAACGCUUCAGAUUUAACUAUGGAGAAACGAUUCCAUGUGAGGGACUCGUGGCCGAUAUAUGCGACGUCAAGCAGUCCUACACUCAGUGGGGCGGCAGGCGGCCCUUCGGCGUUUCCAUUCUGUACAUGGGCUGGGACGAAGUCUAUGGCUACCAGCUGUACAAUUCCGAUCCCAGCGGCAACUACAGUGGCUGGAAGGCUACUGCCGCUGGCCAUGACUUUGACGUCGCCAGCUCCCUGCUGGAGCAGGAGAUAGACCCCGAAGUAUCCAUUAGUCUGGAAGAAGCCAAAGACCUUGCCAUGAAGGUACUGGACUGCACUCUGGGCACCGCUAAUCUGAUUCCGAACAAGUUGGAGAUGUCCACCUUGCACCGCGCAAGUGAUGGCUGCUGCAUCUACACUCUUCUUGAGAUGAGCGAUGUGGAGAAGCUGACCGAAAAGUAUACAAAAGGAGGGGAUGCCAACUAGGGGAUACAGUCCCUAAACACAUAAACCUACAUGUACUACAGAUUCUAAGAGGUGGUAUUUGAAAGAAAGAGAAGACCCUAAAUCUAGCAAUUAU